CAGGGGUAUUCUCGUCUUUUCACAAAAUCCUAAAUUACAGUAUAACUUGCUAUAAACAGUUCAAUUGCAACAAAAGAAAAGAACUUUUUGUCAGUGACAAAGCAGGCACUCACAGUUUCACACUCACUGUGUGUAGGAAUCGACCAUGGAAACAGAGAAUAAUCUCUUCUCCCAUGGAGAAAUUGCAGAAGGAAAUUCGAUAACGGCGCACGAUGUAGACGAAGGUAACAACCACUGUGAGAAUUUCGAUGAAAACGAUGAGCAGCAGGAACGAGUGAGCGGCAGUAAUUGUGCAGGUGACGGAGCUUGUGUUCAUUCUCAAUCCGAAACCCUAACUUCCGUACAGAUGUCUGAUCGGAGUACCCAGUCGGAUUCCGAGAAAUCACCGGAAUUUCUCGCCGGUAUCUCUGAAGAGGUUCCGGUGGAAUACUCCCCGCAACCACCUCAGUCCGGCGGAGAAUUGAAGAAUCAAGUAAACGAGGAACCUUCGAACUGUAUCAGUGGUCAAUCUUCCCAAGUUGAGGUACAGCUACCCAAUGGUGAAUCCAAGUUAGAACAGUCUACAACAUCUGGAAAAGAAUUGCAGGCAGUCGAGAACGGGAUCUUAACAUGCUUUAAAGAACAGGACAAGCAGAAUUCUCCAGGCCCAAAACCGUUAUCCACCGUGCCUACGCUGAAAACCCCUGAUGGGUACAACUGGCGCAAGUAUGGUCAAAAGCAAGUAAAGAGUCCAGAAGGUUCUAGAAGCUAUUUCAGAUGCACAUUCUAUGGUUGUACUGCUAAGAAGAUUGAGUGCUGCGAUCGUUCUAACCGUGUCGUAGAGAUUGUUUAUAGAAUUCACCACAAUCAUGGUCCUCCCCAAGAAGUAAAUUGCACUAGAGAAAAUAAUAUGCCUGCAUUACCAAUUAUGCCAAUUAGUUGGAAUCAGGACCGUACAACUCAUCUAGCUAGACAUUAUAAUGAUUCAAUGACAUCUUUACAAGUAGUUGACCAGAUACAUGAAACGAAGCAUCAAGAUUCAUGCGGUUCCGAUGAGACCACGGUUACUAACACUAGGGAGGAGGCUAAUGGACCUGAGUACAAGAGAAGGCAGAAGAGAAGUUCAGAGCGUGAACUGGUGUCCCUUUCGGAAACUGGAAAGAAAUCUAAAUGUGUUGUUUACGAGACUGGUGAUGUCGGCAUAUCAAGUGAUGGCUAUAGGUGGCGCAAAUAUGGACAGAAAAUGGUGAAGGGGAGUCCUCAUCCAAGAAACUACUACAGAUGUACAUCAAGCGGAUGUCCAGUUCGUAAGCAAACCGAGAGGUCAAUGGAUAAUGCAAGUGCUGUAGUGAUAUCAUACAAGGGAGUGCAUGAUCACGACAUCCCUUUACCAAGAAAGUCCAAUGGUCCAAAGAGUGCCUCUGUUUCUGCGGCUAAUUUGCAAAAUAACAAGUCGGAAGUUUAUCCGAGUCAAACACAGUGGUCAGUUGACAAACAAGGACAAUUGAGUGGCGAAUCGUUUAAUCUUGGCGGAGACAAAAUAUCGGAAUCGCCAAAAACCCUUUUGAGCAUUGAGUUUGAAAUCAAGCCCCGCUGAACGAUUGAACUGUACGAGCUUCAGCUUGAGUAGAUGAUGCGCAUUUUGUAUAAUCCAUUUGAAAAUUAUUCCUCCUCUUUUUUUAGUGUGACGUGUAUUAAUUGUUGUGGUAGAGAGUGUAACAGUGGCUGCAGGCAUUUAUGUAAGUUAUUCCGGAUCAGAUGAGUCAAAUGUGGUCAACUCUGUGGUGUUGAAUACUGCUUAGACUGUGAGAGUAUACUAGGAGAAACAUCUUUGAUUCAAACAGACAGUUGUUUUUCAACAUAUGUAUAUUCGAAAACUUCAAUUAGAUCAUCAUAUAUAUUUCUUAACGAGCAGUUUGUCUACGUUAAAACUUCU